UCCGGCAAAAACGCCUUCCACAUCCAGCCUGUCCGCUCUAUGUUGACCAGCGGCACCCUCGUCAAUCUCGUCUCCGAUUCCGUCCGCUCCUCUCCACCGAAAAACAGCUGUAUCGCCAACAUUCCGACCACCUUCAGCUCCCGAAACUCGUGCCUGCUCGCUCCGAUCGCCACGUGGUGCGCUAUGUUCCCGCCGGCGCUGUCCCCGGCCAGAAAACACUGCCCGAGAUUCGAGCCCUCGAACAAGCUACUUUGACUGUCUUCGAUGAACUUGAGGACUUCGAAACCAUCGUCGUACUGGCACGGAUAUCGAUGCUCCGGCGCGAGGCUGUAGUUGACGGAGACGACGACGGCGGGGAGCUCGCGAGCGAGGCGUUGACAGAAGUCGUCGUAGGGUUCAAGAGAGAGAGAGGGAGGACUAAGGAGAGAUGUUCAAGAAGGGAGUGGAAGCUCGGUCGCACCAGAGGCUGUCAGGGGCUGACAGGAAGAAGCUCAAGAGGACCGUCAAGGAAAGAUUUCCCAGAGCUUCCGACACCGAUGUUGAUGCUUUACUCCCUCCCAAGGUGGAGAUAAAGGUUUCAAAGUAUCAAAAUUGAGUCCUUGUAUAUGGCAUAGAGGGAGGCUUUCCUAUGUUUUUUGAUAUUGAUGGGCGUGGCAAAGAAAUUUUUUCCCACAGUUUAUGCCCUCUGGAAGGUCCCUGAUAUCUUACCUUCUUUCAUGCUGAAAGGGGGAGAGGUUUCUCAAUAUGUUAUUGGAGGGGCGGAUUUGAUGUUUCCUGGUAUCAGCAUACCUGCUGAAGGUCUACCACCAUUUAUAGCUGCGGAAGCAUGGGCUGUUAAAGUUCCAGGAAAUCCAGCUCCCAUUGCUGUGGGAACUACUGGUAUGAUCUUCACUGAAGCAUUAAAAGCUAGGUUGCGUGGAAAAGCCUUAAAAAUUGCUCACUAUUAUGGUGACUUACUUUGGCAAGUAUCUGUGGGAAUUGACAUAGAGAUAUGAAUCUUAUGAUUGACACAUAGAAAACCUCUGUUGGUUAACAUUGUUGUGGAAUUUUUUUUUUUUUUUUUUUUGGAGAAUCUGUUGUGGGCCCCAGCUGACUUGGAUCGCAUUGACCGACUGGUAAAGUCUGAAGACCGGAGUCUCCUCCUGCUAAAAGUCUUCACGAUCUAGAUCUAUCCUCACCCAUUUCUUUCAGCCAGUCUCUCUAAUCUCACUAAAUCUACACUUGUCGAUCUUAGUCUGGUCCUUGCUUGCUUCUCGAUCUUGUUAUAUUUUCUGUUCAAGACUUCAAGUUGCUGCUACAGUGCUACGUGAUUCCCAUAUUUGAACACUGAACCGCAACUUCAAAUUGACCCCAAACUCAGGACAGUAGGUUCAAUUGGAAAUGAGCACAGAGAGCUCUUCACCUCCUCGGUGGAAAUAUGAUGUCUUUUUGAGUUUUAGAGGCGUGGAUACUCGAAAGGCUUUUACAGACCAUUUAUACACUGCAUUGGACCAUCAAGGAAUCACAACUUUCAGGGAUGAUCCUGAACUUCACAAAGGGGAAGCUAUUUCUCCAGCACUUUCUGCUGCAAUUGAAGAAUCAAGAUUUGCCCUCAUUGUUCUCUCACAAAAUUAUGCAUCGUCAACGUGGUGCUUAGAUGAACUUGUAAGAAUUAUUGAAUGCAUGAAAGUAAGAGAAACAGUGCUGCCAAUAUUCUAUUACGUUGAUCCCUCUGAUGUACGAAAGCAAACAGGGAGUUUUGGAGAAGCCUUUGCUAAUCAUGAAGAAAGGUUUAGGGAUGACAAAGAAAAAGUGCGAAGGUGGAGAUAUGCUUUAACUGAAGUGGCAAGUUUCUCUGGGUGGAAUUCAAAGGAAUGGUAUGAAUCAAAGCUCAUUAGAGAUAUUGUUGAAGUAAUAUGGACAAAACUGCAACCUACAUCAUUCAGUUAUGCAGAAAAUCUAGUUGGAAUUUACUCAAGAUUGCAGCCAGUCAAUUUGCUUUUAGGUGCAGGGGUGGAUGACGUCCGCUUCAUUGGGAUAUGGGGAAUGGGCGGGAUUGGUAAGACAACUAUGGUAAGAGCGGUGUAUGAGAGAAUCUCUUGUCAAUUUGAAUUUAGUUUCCUUCUUACCGAUGUUAGAGACUCUGUUGAAAAAAGUGGUCUACUUAAUCUACAAAAGCAACUUCUCUCUGGGAUUUGGACAAAAAAGGCAGACAUAUCAGACCUUCAUGAAGGAGCCACCAUAAUAAGGAGGUUGUUAGGUCACAAAAAAGUUCUUCUCAUUCUUGAUGAUGUGACCCAUUUAAGCCAUUUGAAAUAUUUGGCAGGAAACCAAGAGUGGUUUGGUUCAGGGAGUAGAGUUCUCAUCACAACUAGAAAUGAGCAUUUAUUGAUCGAACAUGGAGUGGAGAGAAGAUUGAAGGUUGAGGAACUUAAUGAUGAGGAUUCUCUUCUGCUUUUCAGCCGGAAAGCAUUCAAAAAAGGUUGCCCUGAAGAAGAUUUUCUUGAUUUGUCUAAAUCUUUCAUAAAUUAUGCCAAAGGUCUCCCUUUAGCUCUUAAAGUACUGGGCUCUUUUUUGUAUGGAAGAGAUCUAAGUGAAUGGAACAGUGCAUUGAGAAAACUAAGAACAGUUUGUAACUUGGAAAUUUUUGACAUACUUAAGACUAGCUACGAUGGUCUAGAUGAUGAAGAGAAGAAAAUAUUCCUAGACAUUUCAUGCUUCUUUUGUGGAGAAGAAAAAGAUCGAGUAACAAAAGUACUGAUCAGUUGUGAUGUUUCUGCGAUUAUUGGAAUAAAAGUUCUUACCGAAAGAUCUCUCUUGACUGUUUUGCAUGGAAGACUAUGGAUGCACGAUUUGCUCCAAGAAAUGGGUCGGGAAAUUGUCCGCCGGGAAUCUACUAAUGAGCCAGGCAGGCGCAGUAGGUUAUGGCUUUUUGAAGACGUCAAGCAUGUCUUGACCAAAAAUACUGGAACAGAAGCAAUAGAAGGCAUUAUUCUGGACUCAACUGAGCUUGGAGUAACGCUGAGGGUAAAUGCUAAAUCCUUUUUGAUGAUGAACAGAUUGAGGUACCUUGUCAUUAAGAAUGGGAACCUACCGAAUGGGCUUGAAUGUCUUCCUGAUAGUUUACGGAUUCUUAACUGGACCGGGUAUCCCUCGAAAUCUCUCCCGUUGCAUUUCAACCCUGAGAAGCUACUAGAACUUAACAUGUGCCAUAGUUGCAUUGAACAUUUUCCGUUGAAAAUAGAGCCUUCAGACAAUCUGAAAACCGUUAGACUCAGCAACUCAUUGAAUCUUGUCAACACCCCAAACUUUAAAGAUAUGCCAAAUCUUGAGGUUCUGUUUCUAGAUGGUUGUACAAGAUUAUAUGAGGUUGACCCAGGAGUUGAAGUGCUUGGAAAACUUACGAUGCUGAACUUAAAAGAUUGCAAGAAUCUCGUGCAUUUUGCAAGCAGCGUGUGUGGCUUAAAAUCUCUCAAAGUUCUUAAUCUUUCUGGUUGCUCAAAGCUUAAAAAACUACCGAAUGACAUGGGUCAUUUAGAAAGUUUGGUCGAGGUUGAUGCAAGUGGAACUUCUAUACGAGAACUACCCUGCUCUAUUGGCAUGCUUGAAGGACUUGUUUCUAUGUCCUUGAGAGAUUGCAAUCAUCUGGUGUGUCUUCCAAGCAGUGUAGGUGGCUUAAAAGCUCUCAAAUGUCUCAAUCUUUCUGGUUGCUCAAAGCUUGAUAAAUUGCCCGAUGAGUUGGGUCUUGUUGCAUGUUUGGAGAAGCUUGAUGUGAGUGGAAGUGGCAUAGGAGAAGUGCCCUCCUCUGUUGGUCUUUUGAAAAACCUCAAAGAAUUAUCUCUUCGUGGAUGUAAGGGACGGUCACGUAAAUCAUGGAAUAUGAUGUUCAACCGUUUUCAGUUAUUCCAACAGUUAUUCCGAAAAAGAAGUCACAUUCCGGCAGGAUUGUCGUUGCCCAGUUUGUCUGGUUUGCAUUCAUUAACCCACUUGGAUCUAAGUGACUGCAAUCUUUCUGAAAUCCCCGGUGAUAUUGGAUGCUUGUCCUUGUUAACAUAUUUAUAUAUGAGCAAUAAUCAAUUUGUUAGACUACCUGAGAGCAUCGGCCAACUCUCUAGACUUGAAGUUCUUCACUUGGAUUGGUGCCGCAAGCUUCAGACAUUGCCAGAGCUUCGAACUGGUUUAUGGGUAAACAUCAGCAACUGCAUUUCAUUAGACACAUUGUCCAAUCAAAUAGGAAGAGUGUCGAGUGUUAACUGUUUCAAAAUGGUGGAGAAUGAAAGCUGUAAGAGUACAGCACUUUCAUUGCUAACACGCUACAUGAAGUUUCAACAUUGGACUUCUUCCGGAUAUACCCGUAAAUUCAGUAAUUUUCACUUUGUUGCUCCUGGAGAUGAAAUUCCAAAGUGGUACAAUCACCAGAGUAUGGGGUCUUUGAUGACUGUAGAGUUGCAUCCGGGUUGGUUUACUAACAAGUGGAUCGGGUUCGCAUUCUGUGUCGUUUUUAGAAUCUUCAAAGCACCCCCGCCUUUGCUUUGGCGGGACACUUAUUGCUCAUUGAAGGCCAACGGAAAAUCCUGUGGUUAUGUUUCUCUAGGUUUUGGGGGAAAGUCGGGUCAACCAAUGUCGGAUCACAUUUGGUUCGGCUGUUGGUACCGCGAUCAUAACUUUCAUUCUCAUGAGUGGCAGGAUAUCUACUAUCAGCUUGAAUUCUCAUUUGAAUUGGUCGAUGGAGAAAAGGAUAUGGAUUUCUUUUUUACCGAAGUCCACAGUGCAAUGGAUGGGGAAGUGAAGAAGUGUGGGGUCCGCAUGAUAUAUGAGGAAGAUGUGGAGGAGCAGGGAAAUACCAAGCGAGGCCUUCAACACUACGAUGAUGAUGAUGCAGCAUCUAGUAGUACUGCAACUGGUUCAAGUCAGGAAGAGGAAGAAGAACCUCAUCCAAAAAGAUUUAAACGACUCGAGCUUGACGGUGCAGGACCUAGUGACCAGAAACAUGAUUAAAGCAUUUUUUUUUUUUUUUUGUGAAAAUUUCUUCUUGUC